AUGGCCGGACUGCCGCCCAAGGAGGAGAAAGACGAGGACGACGGUGGGUCAGACAACUCCGACAAAGAGCACAUCUGCCUCGAUCCGUACUGCUUCUUUGACCGCUACUGCGGCAAUGAAGACAGGAAGAUAAAGGGCGACCAUGGAGUUAGCCAACAGGCAGUGGAAGAUGAAUAUGCAGAGGAGCCUAGCAGCCGUGCUAGAUUUGAUGACACUGACGAUGAAGAGAGGAAGGAGAACAUCGACUCCUUAGUUUUACAAGAAUAUGAUGGUGAGGACAUGCCAACAAUUGAGUGGAACAGGGAGAAUCCUGAGCUUACUCCAGGAACUGUAUUCGAAUCGAUGGUGGACUGUCGUAAUGCAGUGACUACAUAUUGCAUUCUCACUGAAAACUCCUAUGAGGUUGAUAGGAGUGAGCCUAGAAGAUUCACUGUUCAUUGCCCUUAUGAUAGGUGGAGGUGGAGGUUGCAUGCAUCCACUAUGCUAAAGAGCAAAUUGAUUCAGAUAAAAAGCAACCCACACGGGCACACUUGCCCACCUGGAGGGGGAGGGGGAAAGGACAAAUCUAAGAUUGCAAAGGUUAGGUGGGUGGCAGAUGCAAUCUUGGAUUGGGUGAGGGAAACACCAACAAUUGGUCCAAUAGCACUCCAUGGGAAGCUAUUUGAGAAGUACAAGAUUAAUAUAUCUUACAUGAAGAUUUUCUAUGCUAAGGAAAGGGCUCUUGAUAAGAUUAAUGGUCCAUGGAAUGAGCGUUUUCAGUUGCUUUACACCUUCAAAGCUGAAUUGGAGACAACUAGUCCAGGGAGUGUUGUAGAGAUUGACAAUCAUACAAUUAAGUACACAAUAAAAGGGAAGGCACUAGAGAAGGAGUGCUUCAGGAGGGCUUUUGUUUGUUUCAAGGCUUGCUGGCAGGGGUUUCUGAAUGGUUGUAGGCCCUAUUUAGCUGUUGAUGCAACUGCUUUGAAUGGAAGAUGGAUAGGCCAGCUAGCAGCAACUUCUGCAGUUGAUGGACACAACUGGCUGUUCCCAGUUGCAUUUGGUGUGUUGGAGGUAGAGUCCGAGGAGAGUUGGGUCUGGUUUCUGCAGCAGUUGCGCAACAUUAUAGGGCUGCUUAUGCUGAAAAUGUGCCCGCACUCUUGGGAAAAGACCAAUGGAACAUAG